AUGAUUCUCAAAUGUACAAUAGAGGUGCUAGUUACGAUGGAGAAGCACAACAUAGCUAUCAGAGGUCACCAAGAGGAAGACAGCAAUUUUAUGGCAAUGCUGUCUGUAUUGGCGAAAGAAAACUCAGUUCUGCGUGACCACCUAGAAAACGCACCUCGGAUUUCCAAGUAUACAAGUCCAGAUAUCCAGAACGAGAUCAUCUUUUUUUCAGCAAAGCAGAUUCUCGAUGGCAUAAUUGACAACUGCAAGAGAUCUGUCAUUUAUGCGUUAAUUGCUGAUGAGUCGACUGAUGUCACAAAUAAAGAGCAAAUUUCUGUUUGUAUACGUUUUGGUAGCACGAAAGAGGACGGGAAACAUUUCAUACGUGAAGAAUUCCUUACUUUUGUACAUGCAGACAAAGGAACCAAUGCUGAGGAACUCACAACAAAAUUUCUAGAGACCAUCCAGAGUGUCGGUCUUUCAGUGAAUGAUAUAAGAGCCCAAGGAUAUGAUGGUUCCAGUGUGAUGAGUGGGCAUGUGAGUGGUGUGCAAACACGGAUUCGUCAAGUAAAUCCAAAUGCUGUUUAUGACCAUUGUCGACCUCACGUCUUAAACCUCUGUAUUGUCCAUGCAUCAAAGCUUCCACUUGUAAGAAACAUCAUGGAUACCAUGCAAGAAGUUAAAUGGCCUUUAAGUUCUCUGCAAAACGUUUGUUGGUAUUUAAGGAUCAACUUGGAGACAAUCCUGUUGCUAGAGAAGAAAUGGGAAGACGCUCAAAGCUGAAGCUGCUUUGUGAAACGUGCUGGGCCCCCAGAGCAGAUUGCCUGUCAGUUUUCGUUGACGCUUUCAAGGUAUUACUUGAUAUUCAUAAUCUGAAUCAUAGCCCAUCUUCUAUGAGCUAAAUACAAUGGAACAUUUUUCUUAUCCAUCAAUGUUCAUUUUUAGGUUAUAAUCGACACAUUAGACCAGCUAAGCGAGGAAGGUCAUUGCAAGGCCAGAGCGCUCCACGCGUCUAUUCUGAAAUGGGACUUCAUUAUUACUCUUGUUGUGCUCCAGCACAUUUUUGAAUAUACUAACAAGCUGUCGGUAUACCUUCAACUGAGUAAUCAAAUGAUAUCAUAGUAUAUCCUUGAUUUUUACAUUUACCACAUUACUAAGAAUCAAAACCAUUUUUGGGGACCCAGAGCCCUGAUCUCAACUUGAUUCAAGCCUCUGAAGAAGCAAAAACCUGCUCCUCUGUUCUGAAUGCCAAGCGAAAUGACGAUGCUGUUUGGGAGGCCUUGAUGGAAAAGUCUAUUGAAAUCGCCUCGGAUUACGGCAUUGAUCCAUCAUCGCCAAGGACGGCAGGAAGGCAACAACAUCGCAACAACGUUCCAGCAAAUACCCCAUCAGCAUAUUGGAAGAGGGCAAUGUAUUUGCCAUUUCUAGAUCACCUCGUCACAGAGAUCAAUGAAAAGCUUGUGGUGCCACUACCAGGCUUCCAGGCUCAGCUCCUUAUUCCAGGUAAAUGAUAUUGCAUUGGGUACAAGAACUUUGUGGAUCAUGUUCAUUUGACCACUCAGUGGUUUAGCACAUAGAUCUCAAAUUACUGUUCUUGCUUAUAGGAAAGCUUGGCCAGUUGACGGAGGAAAAAUUGAAGUCGAUCUAUGAGCACUACGGUGGUGACAUGGCCAUCGAUUUGGAAGAGUUCAAACUUGAAGUGGACAGAUGGAGGCACCGCUGGUCUAUCAUUGAGCCAACCGAUCCUCUCCCGCAGACGCUGGUAGAAACUCUAGAUGCAUUCUACCCAGCAAUCUAUGUAGCAGUAAAAACGCUCUUGACGUAUCCUGUGUUGGCAUGCGCUGCUGAGCGCAGCUUUAGUUUGAUGAAAAGGCUAAAGACGCUACUACGAAACACGAUGACUGACGAUCACCUUUCAUCGUUAGCAAUAUUGCACAUCCACAAGGAAAAAGAAAUCAAUGUUGAGAGUGUGCUCGACCAGUUUGCACAGCACAAAGAAAGACGCCUCGCUCUUUGCUUAUAA